AUGCGAAUACUGGAGCAGAGAUUUAUUAUUGCACGCGGAGGAAAGGAAGGACUCGGACGCAGGACCGUUUCAAUUUUGUUCUGGAAGAAGGUUGGAAACGAGAAGAAGACGAAAACACGAAAGAAUUCGCUUGGGAAAUUGCCGCAAAGAGAGCAGAGCAUGACGGUGCUCGAUCACGAGCACCAAGGAGAUCUGGUGACCUACUCCAGUGCCAUUUCAGACCGAUUUAUUGUUGGAGAUAAAGUUAUAGCCAGAGGAAAAUUUGGCGUGGUCAAGCGGCUGGAAGACAGAUCGACAGGAAAAGUCUUCGCUGGAAAGUUUGUCAAGCGCGGCGAUGUCGAGCGCGAAGCCAGACUGCACAGCGAAGUGGGAGUACAUCCCUACAUCAUCGGAAUGGAAGCCUUCUACAGACACCGCUCAGAAAUGGUGAUUGUGAUGGAACUCGCGACGAGGGGGGACAUUUUUGAAUACUGCGUCGGCAAAUGCCCGUUCACGGAAGACGAAGCAAAAGAAGCGACUAGACAGGUUACGUCCGCACUAGAAAGGGUUUGCGCGAUAAGUUAA